CAGAAUGAGGAACCAAAACCAAACAACACCAAUGGGCGGCGCGGCGAUAUAGCUAGGGUAGAGUAGUUCACUUCCCCAUCACCCUCUCUCGGUCUCGGUCUCUCCUCCCCUCCUACGCCAAUUGCUACCCGUCGUCGCGUCGCCCCCCUCCUACCGUCCUACGUCUUCCACCUCUCCCCGCUUCCUCUUCCUCCCUGCUGAGCGGAAGCGCGCAAGCAAUCGCUGCCUUUUCUUGGCGUGCGCAGCUCCUGGUCGGCACGGCAGCCCCCCGCGGGAUCUCGCUUGCUGGCCUGGCCGCGCGACAUUGAGGCGGGGCGCCUGGAGCUCGGAGCCGCCGUAGCUGGUGUUGGUGCCUCGGAGCCGAUCGGGUGUCUGGUUCCUGAUUUGAUCUGCAGCUGCAGCUGCGGCGGCGGCGGCCGACAUGGCGGCUUCGGGAGGGCUCGAGCAGUGGCAGAAGGACGGGUUCUUCCAGGCGGCCGAGGAGGUGCAGGAGUCCGCGGACUUGAUGGAAUCAGUCUAUAGAACUUGGAUGCGUGAGCGUAGUAAUGGAUCUGGCUCAGAGGAGGUAGACGAUUUGCAAAGGGAGCUUCAGACAGCUUUAGGAACUGCAAAAUGGCAGUUGGAGCAGUUUGAGAGGGCUGUAAGUUCAAGCAACGAUAAGUAUUCAUUGGAAGAAGGUACAGUAGCACGGCGUCGGCAGUUUGUUGUAGCCAUUGAGGAUCAGAUAUCUCGUGUAGAGAAAGAAAUAAAUGGUUCUUUAAUGGACAAUGGCGGGCAAGGGCUCAACUGGGUGAAGUUAGAUGACGAAGAGCGAGAUGAUCUAGUUGCUUUCCUUUCAGCACCUGCAGAGUUCUAUUCAGAAAUGAAGAGCACAGACAUCAGUGACCGUGUUCUAUCUAGACAAAAGAAUGUGCCAGUUGGCAGGAACGAUCAGAGUGAUCCACCUUUAAUCAUUAAAGACAUAUAUGAAGUGGCACGCACAGAAAUUUCUACUGUUAAGAGUGAUGUUUGUGGUCUAGCUGAGGAGUUACAUGGCCUUAGAAGGAAUUUGAGUUCAGGGAAUGAUCAUUGGAAGAUUGACAUUGGUAACAAGAUGGAUGAUGAUAGAAAAUUGUCAACUGGGGUUCAGGCCGCAAGUCAGACAACUCCUUCAUCAAGCAUCCGGAGAAGCGCAGAAUCUAUAACAAGAGUGAGAUGGUUUUGGAAUAGCUUGUGGAAAUCCAAGAGGGAUGAACAACGCCCAUUAAGAUAUGAUAUGUCAUAUAAUCUUGACCUCAGGGUUGUAUCCUUAUUAACACAGAGAUUUAAUGGGCUAGCGGAGAGAAGCAGAAAUUAUUUGACAAGUUGGAAGGAAAAUUCCAGGACUUCUGGAAGGACGGGUGGGCUUCAUAUACAAGGCCAACAACAGAACAUUCAGUUUGGCCGUUCUAUUCGGAUCACCCUCUUACUGGUGCUGAGUAUCUUUCUGAUUGUGCCAUUUCUCGCCUCGGCAUGACAAGGCAUGUAUUGCUUCACCGGUGAGGAACAUUGGGGCAGCUUACCAUGGUCCUGCUCGUACUACAUACAGAUCAUGACUGGUGGUGUUCUCUCGCCGGCAAAUGCAGCAAACCAACCAUGUCUUUCCUGUGUGGUGUGGCUGCUGCAUAUGUGACAGGAAAAGAAGCACGGCGGUGAAGGUUUCAACUGUGCAAUGCGUGAUGCUCCGAUACCAUGAACUCCUCACCGGGCGCAUAACCAUGCUAAGAUUUAUCAGGGUUAUGAUAAAUUUGUGAUGGCUGAUUGCUGCCAAAGGAGGUGGCUGUUCUCAUCUCACUACUCUAUAUCCCACGAGUGAAAGCAAUUGUAAAAAGUUCUAGAGCCACUCUAUAUCCCACGAACGAAAGCAACUGUAAAAAGUUCUAGAGCUGGUAGGAUAAGUCCUGAAUACUGUUAUUGAUAAUAAUACAUUUAAUACUGUAUUUGCC